CGGCUCUCCUCCUCCGGUCAGGGAUCCACAGAGCUGCUCGAUCCUGGAGCGCCCCCUGCUGCAUGGCCUCGGCCGCUGCAGGUCUGUGCUGCCCGCACUCCAGACCGUCCAGAGCCGGCGUCCCCAAGCCGGCGAGGGGCCGCUCGCCGUCGUCCAUGUCGUCGGGCCGCAGGUGCUCGGGCACGUCGGGUCUGGCGGGAGGAGCCGUGUCCCCGGGGCCCAUGACGGUGGACGUAGGAGGAGGAGGAGCAGGAGGCGGGGCCGGCGACGCCCACAGGGAGCUGUUCGAGGCCUGCCGGAGCGGAGACCUGGAGCGAGUCCGGAAGCUGGUGACGGCAGAGAACGUGAACAGCCGCGACACGGCGGGAAGGAAGUCUACGCCGCUGCACUUUGCUGCAGGGUUUGGCCGUAAAGACGUGGUGGACUUCCUCCUGCAGAGCGGCGCCAACGUGCACGCCCAGGACGACGGCGGCCUCGUCGCCCUCCACAACGCCUGCUCCUUCGGCCACGCCGAGGUGGUGAGUCUCCUGCUGCGACAUGGCGCCGAUGCCAACGCCAGAGACAACUGGAACUACACGCCCCUGCACGAGGCCGCCAUCAAGGGCAAGAUCGACGUGUGCAUCACGUUGUUGCAGCACGGUGCUGAUCUGACCAUCAGGAACUCGGACGGUCGCUCCGCUCUCGAUCUUUCUGAUUCGUCUGCUAAAGCCGUCCUCACUGGAGAAUACAGGAAAGACGAACUCCUGGAGAGUGCCAGGAGCGGGAACGAGGAGAAGCUGAUGUCUCUGCUGACGCCGCUCAACGUCAACUGUCACGCCAGCGACGGGCGAAAGUCGACGCCGUUGCACCUGGCGGCCGGCUACAACCGCGUGAAGACGGUGCAGCUGCUGCUGCAGCACGGGGCCGACGUGCACGCCAAGGACAAAGGGGACCUGGUUCCUCUUCAUAACGCCUGCUCAUACGGACACUACGAAGUCACCGAGCUGCUGGUGAAGCACGGCGCCUGUGUUAACGCCAUGGACCUGUGGCAGUUCACUCCCCUGCAUGAAGCCGCCUCCAAGAACCGCAUGGAGGUGUGCUCUCUGCUGCUCAGCUACGGCGCCGACCCCGCCUUCCUCAACUGUCACAACAAAAGCUCCAUCGACCUGGCUCCCACCGUGCAGCUGAAGGAGCGCCUGGCCUACGAGUUCAGAGGUCACAGCCUGCUGCAGGCGUGCAGGGAGGGCGACCCGCUUCAAGUCAAGAAGCACCUGAGCCCGGAGACCCUCGGCUUCAAGCACCCCCUCAGCCUGGAGACGGCGCUGCAUUGUGCGGCUGCGUCUCCGUACCCAAAAAGGAAGCAAGUGUGUGAACUCCUGCUGAGAAGAGGUGCCGGCGUCAACGACAAGACCAAAGACCUGCUGACCCCGCUCCACCUGGCCGCGGAGAACGCCCACAACGACGCCCUGGAGGUUUUGGUGAAGCACGACGCCAAGGUGAACGCCGUGGACCAGCUGGGCCAGACGGCGCUGCAUCGGGCGGCUCAGCGCGGACACCUGCAGACCUGCAGGCUGCUGCUGGCGGCCGGCUGCGACCCGCUGCUCACGUCUCUGCAGGGCUUCUCCCCGUCGCAGCUGGGCAACGCGAGCGUGCAGGAGGUCCUGCAAGCUGAAGGCGUUCUCAUCGGGAACUCUGAAGUCGACCGCCAGCUUCUGGAAGCCUCCAAAUCAGGAGACGUGGAGACGGUGAAGAAACUCUGCACCGUGCAGAACGUCAACUGCCGCGACGUGGAGGGCCGCCAGUCCACGCCGCUGCAUUUCGCCGCAGGGUACAACCGCCUGGCCGUGGUGCAGUUCCUGCUGCAGCGGGGAGCCGACGUGCACGCCAAAGACAAAGGUGGGUUGGUUCCCCUCCAUAACGCCUGCUCCUACGGUCACUACGAAGUGGCCGAGCUGCUGGUGCUUCACGGCGCCGUGGUCAACGUGGCGGACCUCUGGAAGUUCACGCCGCUGCAUGAAGCUGCCGCCAAGGGCAAAUACGACAUCUGUAAACUGCUGCUGCAGCACGGCGCCGACCCGAGCCGGAAGAACCGUGACGGCAACACACCGCUGGACCUGGUGAAGGACGCAGACACUGACAUCCAGGACCUGCUGCGCGGCGACGCCGCCCUGCUGGACGCCGCCAAGAAGGGCUGCCUGAGCCGAGUGAAGAAACUGUGUUCAGGAGACAACGUCAACUGUAGAGACACACAGGGGAGACACUCCACUCCACUGCACCUGGCUGCGGGAUACAAUAACCUGGAGGUUGCAGAGUAUCUGCUGCAGCACGGAGCUGAGGUUAACUCUCAGGAUAAAGGAGGUCUGAUUCCUCUGCACAAUGCUGCCUCCUACGGGCACGUGGACGUGGCCGCUCUGCUGAUUAAGUACGACGCCUGCGUCAACGCCACGGACAAGUGGGCGUUCACGCCGCUGCACGAGGCCGCACAGAAGGGGCGCACGCAGCUCUGCGCCCUCCUGUUGGCUCACGGCGCCGACCCCGCCCUCCGCAAUCAGGAAGGACAGUCUCCGCUGGACCUGGUGACGGCCGAUGAUGUCCGCGCUCUGCUGACGGCGGCGAUGCCGCCCUCUGCUCUGCCUGGCUGUUAUAAACCUCAGGUCAUCAGCGUAGCGGCGGCGUCCUCUGGUGCUCCGCCCGUCGCCAUCGUCCCUCCACUCCUCUCCUCUUCAUCUUCUUCCUCGCCCUCGUGCCCUGCCCCUCCCCUCCUCCUCCUCCCCUCUUCCUCCGCCUCCUCCUCUGUUCUCGAUGCUGCGUCUACAGCACCGCCCGCCGCUAACGCUGCCGCGAACUCCUCAUCGCCCCUGCCCUCCUCGGUGUUUUCUGAGGUGUCGGUGCCGCCGUCAGAUGCCGAUGGAACGCUGGACAUGGAGAGAAAAGAUGAAGGCGCCGAGCUCAGUAUCAGCCAGUUCCUGAAGAACCUCGGCCUGGAGCAUCUUCUGGAGAUCUUUGAUAUGGAACAGAUCACUCUGGACGUGUUGGUGGAGAUGGGUCACUGCGAGCUCAAAGAAAUCGGCAUCAAUGCCUUCGGACACCGACACAAGAUCAUCAAAGGAGUGGAGAGGCUCAUCAGCGGGCCACAGAGUCUGAAUUCGUACCUGACUCUGAACACGGCGAACAGCGGGACCAUCCUGAUCGACCUGGCGGCUGAAGACAAGGAGUUCCAGUCGGUGGAGGAGGAGAUGCAGAGCACAAUAAGAGAGCACCGGGACGGCGGCCAUGCUGGAGGCGUCUUCAGCAGAUACAACCUGGUCAAGAUCCAGAAGGUGUGCAACAAGAAGCUGUGGGAGCGUUACAGCCACCGCAGGAAGGAGGUGACCGAGGAGAACCACAACCACUCCAACGAGCGCAUGCUGUUCCACGGCUCGCCGUUCGUCAACGCCAUCAUCCACAAAGGCUUCGACGAGCGCCACGCCUACAUCGGCGGGAUGUUCGGCGCCGGGAUUUACUUCGCGGAGAACUCGUCCAAGAGCAACCAGUACGUCUACGGGAUCGGAGGAGGAACCGGCUGUCCGCUGCACAAGGACCGCUCCUGCUACACCUGCCACAGGCACCUGCUGUUCUGCCGGGUGACUCUGGGUAAAUCCUUCCUGCAGUUCAGCGCCAUGAAGAUGGCUCACUCCCCGCCGGGGCACCACUCCGUCACCGGCAGGCCCAGCGUCAACGGGCUGGCUCUGGCCGAGUACGUCAUCUACAGGGGAGAGCAGGCCUACCCGGAGUACCUGAUCACCUACCAGAUCAUGAAGCCAGAGGCGUCUGCAGAGGGAUGAAGAGGAGGGAGGAGGAUGAAGGCCGAGACGCUCCGCUCAGUGCAUGCACAAA